UCAUGAUCCUAAGGACCUAAACCCUAAUUAGAUAAAUGUAUGUAGUUCCCCAAAAACUUAACCCCACAAAACGUUACCCUCCUCUUUCGAAACUUACACUGAGAUCCACAAUUUUGGGAUGCCCUUUAAAGCUACCUAUAGUCCCCAGAAACAGAGGAAGAACAACAGAGAAGAGGAACGAAAUGCUUCAACUAUCUCUUUCUUUUAUCAUUCUAGCCUCUCAAAUCUCUAUUAUGCGAGCUCUGCCCCUGCAACUGGACCCUGAUCCGGCGGCGAUCCAGCCUUCAGUGGUCUUCCCAACUGCAUCACCGCUGACGACGAUCCCUGCCUUCCCGGAACAAUCGGUCGUCACUUCUGGGGGAACCGCCUGUCCACUCGACCUCUCCGACGACCUCAUUGCCGGUAUCUCAGCAUCCUGCUCACCCCGCCAUCGCCGCCCUGCCACCCGGGCUCGUUGCUGCCCAUCCCUCGCAGCCGGCCUCUACUCAGCCUACGCUGCCUCCACUCUCUCGGCUACCUCCUACUCUCGCGGCAACCUGCCGGAGCUUCCCGACGACUCCGAGUCCUGCGCCAGCGCCGCCGAGCGUACUAUUACAGCGCGCGGAGUGGAGCUCCCACGCGUGAACACCACGUGCGGGGCUGCGUACUGUUACUGCGGGAUCCGGUUGCGCCGGCUGUCCUGCUCCUUCGCGGCGGCGGCAGGCGUCGUCGGUGUGCAGGAUAAGUGGGCCCCGCCUGGGGUGUGGGCCCGGAGGCUCAAGAAGGACUGCGCCCUACCUGGGCUAGCCGGGUGCUCGCUCUGCCUCAGAGCGCUCAACGAGGGUACUGCCGGUAAUGAUAGUUCGAAGGACCGGAAAAGCGUGACGCCUCGUGACAACGACUGCCAGCUCAUGGGACUGACAUGGUUACUGUCCAGGAACCGAACCCGCUAUUUGCAGACCGCCACCGCCGUUCUGCGUGCAUUCAUGGCGGCGGAGAGCGGCGCCUCCGGGUCCAGCGGCGCGGAAGUGUGGCCCUCCGUCUGCCAUCAUACCCGCGAAGAGAUGCCGAUCGCCGUGGGCUCGUCUGAGAUCGGCGACGAUGGUUACAAUGACUUGUCGGCGGCCGCCGCGCAGCCGCCGAUUCUUCUUCUGAUGUGCUAUGCUCUCCUCUAUGUGGCAUUCUUUCUUAGUCGUUGAUAUCUUUGUAAUUUUUGGAUUUUAGAUUUCGUACAUGAGAAGUUACCAUAUUGUAAUUAUAUGGAUGGCUAUCUUUGUAGGCGUGAUCGCUUUCGUUUAGUCCGUAUGGAAUUUGUUUGCUUUCUAUGAUGAUGGGUGGUGGUGUGGCAA